UGCGCAUGUUAAAUUUACGUGUCUCCUGACAGCAAGUUUGACGGCCGGUAAUUAGUUUUCUUCACCGCUUUGCCUAGUGUAUUUGCAUGAGCCAAUCUCCUAUCUUAGGCUGGAUUUUCGCCUAACAAGCUGAAUUGUUAACUGACUGAAAAACUAAUCACAGGUGAAAAUGCCACUGUCCUGUCGCUUUUACAAGGAAAUAUACCCCGAAGUGGAGGAUGUAGUCAUGGUAAAUGUAAGGGCCAUUGCUGAAAUGGGCGCCUACGUUCACCUGCUCGAAUACAACAACACAGAGGGGAUGAUUUUGCUGUCUGAGCUGUCCCGAAGACGUAUCAGGUCCAUUAACAAGCUGAUCAGGGUGGGUAAGACGGAGCCUGUGGUAGUCAUCAGGGUGGACAAGGAGAAGGGAUAUAUUGAUCUAUCCAAACGACGAGUCAGCGCUGAAGAUGUAGAGAAAUGCACCGAACGUUUCGCAAAAGCGAAAGCGGUGAACUCAAUCCUCAGACACGUGGCUGAGUUGCUGCGAUAUGAGUCUGAUGAGCAGCUGGAGGAGUUGUAUCAAAAAACUGCCUGGCACUUUGAGGAGAAGUACAAGAAGAACAAGGCCUCGGCUUAUGAGUUUUUCAAACAGGCUGUGCUCGACCCGAGCAUACUGGCCGAAUGCGACUUGGAUGACCGAACGAAAGAAGUGCUGCUCAGCAACAUUAAGCGUAAGCUCACGUCUCAACCGGUGAAAAUCCGAGCAGAUAUUGAAUGCGCCUGCUACGGCUACGAAGGAAUCGAUGCAGUCAAAGCUGCCCUGAAGUCAGGCCUGGCUUUAUCCACAGAGGAGCUGCCGAUUAAGAUUAACUUAAUUGCCCCACCUCUGUACGUUAUGACAACUGCCACUCCAGAGAAGCAAGACGGUCUGAAAGUGUUAAACGAAGCCAUUGAAGUGAUCAAGAAAACCAUUGCAGAACUAGGAGGAGUUUUCGACAUUCAAAUGGCUCCGAAAGUGGUGACGGCUACUGACGAAGCCGACUUAGCCAAGCAGAUGGAAAGAGCCGAACUAGAAAACACCGAAGUCGCUGGCGACGACGAUGAUGAGGAAGACGAAGAAGGCCAGGUCUACAGCGAAGGCGAAGAGGGCCAAGAGAACGGUGAGGACGGAGGCAACACCGACGAAGAGGACUAGACGGUCUUCGCCUAGAUCUUCUUAACUAAAUAUUUGAUUUUUGACUACUUUUCGAUUUUUUGAAUGCUCAUUAAGCCCAUUUUCUACCACAAAGUAAUAAAGUAUGACUAUAU